GUCGGCACCAGCCCCGGGGCCCAGCCACAGAGGGACCAGCGCCCCUGUCCUAGUGCCUGUGCCGAGGGCUUCCCCUCCCAGUGUCGAGGAUGGAGGAGGGGGAAAGAAGCCCCUUGCUGCCCCAGGACACCACAGGCCAGAAGCCACCCCUAUCUGUGAGCAGUCCACCCAUCCCAAGCCACCCAGAUCCAGUGCCUCGGGAGGGCCAGGCAGGGGCCUGGGGCUGCAGCUGCUACCCUCCUGGGACCAAGGACAGGGCCUGGACAGGAGACCCAGCGCCUCCCCUCCCAGCAGGGAGCAGCUGCAUCAAGUAUCUGAUCUUCCUGUCCAACUUCCUCUUCUCCCUGCUGGGCCUGUUGGCCCUGGCGAUUGGGCUCUGGGGCCUGGCCGUCAAGGGGUCUCUGGGGAGUGCUUGGGGGAGGCCUCUUCCUGUGGACCCUAUGCUGGGGCUGGUGCUGGGGGCGCUGGUGGUCAGCGCGGUGAGCCUGGCCGGCUGCCUGGGUGCUCUCUGUGAGAACACCUGCCUGCUGCGCUGCUUCUGUGGGAGCAUCCUCGCCCUCCUGGUGCUCCAGGCCACGGCAGCGGCCCUCACGGCGGCCCUCUGGGGCCCGCUGCAGGACAGCCUGGAGCAUGCCCUGCGUGUGGCCAUCACCCACUACCAGGACGACCUGGACCUGGGCUUCAUCCUCGACCAAGUCCAGCUCGGGCUGCAGUGCUGCGGGGUGGUGUCCUACCAGGACUGGCAGCAGAACUUGUACUUUAACUGCAGCUCUCCCGGGGUGCAGGCCUGCAGCCUUCCUGCCUCCUGCUGCAUCGACCCCCAAGAAGAUGGAGCCUCCAUCAACGAUCAGUGCGGCUUUGGGGCCCUGGGCCUGGAUGUGGACGCGGCUGGGAGAGUGGUGCACCUGGAGGGCUGUGGCCCGCCACUGCGGCGGUGGCUGCGCGGGCAAAUCCCGGCUGUGGGCACCACCAUGAUAGUGGCCACAGGGGUCCAGGGGGCGGAGCUCCUGCUGACCACCUGGCUGAUUCAGGCCCUUGCUGUCUGCAAGGUGGGCGGCUUCCAGACCCACCUAACCCACCACUACCCGCUCGCUUGGUCUGAGCGUCUGGCCACGUCUGUCUCCCACUGAGGGGGUCGGGCAAAGCCAUCUGGCUGGCAGGAGCUCGUGGAGCGAAUCCUGGUGCAGAACCGGCCCCCGAGCCCAGCCCUGAACCUGGCCCAAGCCCCCCACUCGAGUUCCCACCUCCUCCCCUGGGCCGCCUCCCUCUUUCUGGUCUUGCGGUGGGUGGGGGUGAGGUCCAGGCCUCUCCCCCCAGAGUGCAUCCUGGCGGCAGUAAAUAUUUUACUGAGCUGUA